AUGACUGCACGGUUGGUGCGGUGGCUGGGCAACUGGCUGCCGUGCAACGUGUUGCGGGUCGGCAAACGAGUAGACGUAUUACCUGAUGGUAAGCAAUCAGCGCCGCCCAUGGACAUCUGCAACGGAGGAGUUACAAGUGCGUUGCCGACCAUUUUGGGAUUUGGAGAUUUAGAGAUUGAGGAGGGAUUGGGGGAGGGGAAGGAUUGGGUCUUCGGUAACCUCACUCACACGGUGAAACACAACGCUGUGGUUGCUUCACGCCGGUUUUCUGUGAGGCCGCGUUAUCACUCCGGUCGAGUCGACCCAUUCGACGGCAAACGGUCAGACGGAUUACCUGAUGGUAAGCAAUCGGCGUCGCCCAUGGACACCCGCAACAAAGAAGGAGAUACGACAUCAUCGCCGUCGAAGCUGUUCCCGAAGCCGGUGGUGUCUCGACGCAUGUCUUCCGACAUGGUGGAAAACUUGAGACGGCAGCUGAUGCGGGACAACUACGAUUAUCAGAAUGUAAACUCCAACGAACGCGGGCAUCAAAAUUCAAGUGUACGUAUCAACAUGGCUUGUGGAGUCUCAAAUAAUAGCACUCUCCACAGAAUACUCAUCUCAAUAUAA